AUGAGUGUCGAGGAAAUAAAAGAGGAACUUCAAAAUACUUUCGAUAUCGAAGAAGACGAGGUUAAGGAACUCGAUGAAUUGUACAUGGUCUAUCUCAAAAGCGGACAGAGCAUUGAGGACUUUCAAGACUCCCUGUUCGCCUGGAAACUCAACUCAAAAGAAUACAAGUCCAUUCAAGGAGUGUCUUCGGAAAUGAUUAGACGAUUCGAGGGAACAAUGAAGACAGCUGAAAAAAAGAAACCAUCAAAUCAGAGUAAAUUUGGGACGCCAAAACGAGGUCGUGAUGGCACACCAUUGAAGGGAAAGGUACAAAUGAUGACACCGCGAGCGAAGGUUCAAAAGUUGGAAUAUGUUCUUGACUCGCCUGCGUCAGCGGCCUUCAAGGAUAGAAAAGAUAGCGGGAAGAUUAUAGCUACUUUAGGUGGUGAUAUUCAACCAACGAUGUCGGAUGAAAUCGAAAUUGAGAAUCUUAUAGAUACGAAGUCAUACAAACUCCUGUCAUUCGAUAGACGACAUAUUGCAGAUGAAAUAGCAUAUUUUAUCAACGAACGGUGCGAGGUCAUUGAAAGUAGACUUGGGAUCGUCGAACAAGCGAGCUACUCGAUGAUAACAGAUGUGCCAAUCAAAGUUUGCGGCAUGAUCAUUUGCGAGGGGUCGAAAGGAGCUGAUGGUGUUUACCUGCUUCGCGAUGGAGAGCAAGUUCAGCUUGACAUUUCCGAGCUUGAGGGAAGCUCUAUUUUUCCUGGGAUGAUUUGCGCUGUUGAAGGAGUUAAUCUUACUGGCAAGCUUAUCGUUGUGUCGAAGAUCAUUCAGCUUGAUGACCAAGCAACGGAGGAUGAGGGAAUCAAGGAAGAUACUACAAUUGUGAUAUGCGCUGGGCCUUACUUUACAUCAGACAAUACUUCAAAUGAGCCUUUGGAAGAGCUGAUAACGCAAGUUGCUUCGUUGGCGCCACACAUGGCUAUCUUUAUGGGACCGUUUCUGGAUGAAAAUCAUAUGGGCGCGGAUUGCAUCAGCCCGCACAACCUCAACGAUCUGUGGAAAAAGCAAAUCGAAAGUCUUGCUCAAAGCGGAACUAAAGUUCGAAUGAUUCCAUCCACAUCAGAUCUCUUCGCGGACCCAGUCAUACCAACCCGAGCAAUUGAUGAAAAAGAGUUUGCUUAUUGUAGGGAAUAUAUGGUCAGCAAUCCGUGUUUCUUGGGCGCAAAUAAAUGGACGAUUUCCGCUAUUUCAGCGGACCUACCAUUGAACUUGAUGAAGACGGAAAUAGUCAAGAAUCCAACAAACUCGUGCAAAUUCACAAGGAUUGGCGAGCAUCUUCUAAACCAGCAAUGUAUGAUGCCACUCUUCCCUGCGCCAGAGGACAUCUCAGUCGACUACUCCAAGUUCAAAGAGAGUGUCUGCUUUGAUAAACUACCAAAUGUUCUUGUCGUCCGUUCGGAACUCAACCCGUUUAUCAGAACUGUUGGAAGCACGCUCUUUGUCAAUCCAGGAAAGCUCACAAAAGGAAAAGGCGGUGGAAGCUACGCAACAAUCCAGCUCAACUCUUCAGGCCAUCGAGCAAAGAUCCAAAAACUUUAG